AUGCCGAUAGAUAAACGGUUGGGGCGCGACCAUUGGCUGGGGAAUGUUGUCGGUGGCCAAGGGCAGGCAGUGCCUAGAGUUGCAUUAUAUGGUACAUUAUGGGGGCUAGUUCCCGACCGAACAUUUAUUAUUCACCGGAAGGGGACUUUUUUUUUUUUAUUAAAAGGUGUUAUGGAGUUGCUCCGGUCAGUAAGUUAAUGUGGGCUAUGACCCAGGGAAGGGAGCAGGGCCCCCGGUCUAGGUGCAGAAGUGGUUUUAUGGAAAAUAAGCUUACAUUCUACGUAAGGGUGGAAUAUGGUAAAUUAUGGCUAAAGGAUAAUAUUUGCCAGAUAUUUGUGGAUUGGGAGAAAUUCAAGAUCGGUUUUAUUCACGCGGGGUUAUUCCCUGAUUGGUGGUCGUAGGAAAGGGCCCAGAGAUAACACUGCCCCGGCUCUGGAUGCAGGAGGAUUUCUCGGGUGUAGAAAUGCGUUAUGGGCGGCCAGGCAUGGCAAGAUAUCUAAUC